CUGCCAAUGAAAGUGAAAAUUACCAUUUCGGAACCUCCGGAGGUUACGGAGCCGCUCUUGAAGGAACUGGCAAAGUAUAUGGUGAAAUGUAAACGUGCACUGGUCAUUACAGGUGCUGGCAUCUCUUGCAGUAGUGGUAUUCCUGAUUUUCGCUCCACCAACGGACUGUACGAUCUAGUCAAGUCAAAGCAUCCAGAUACGGUAGUCAAAGGACGCGAUCUUUUUGAUGCAACACUUUUCAAAGAAGAGGCAACUACCAAAGUUUUUUACACUUUUAUGGCUGAGUUGAAGUCGCUCAUAUCAUCUGCUAUGCCUACGCCGACACAUAGUUUUAUUCGUCAAUUACAAGAUAAUGGACAGCUUUUGAGAUGCUACACACAAAAUAUAGAUUGCUUGGAGGAGCUAGUAGAUUUACCUGUGGUCCAAUUACAUGGUAGCAUGAACAAAGUUAAAUGCACGGUUUGCCCUGCCUCCUACGGAUUCUCUCCAGAUCACCAACAGCAGUUCCGUGAUGGUACUCCUCCACCAUGUCCCAAAUGCCAGGACUUAUAUGACGAGCGACUCCGCCUUGGCAAGCGAUCAUUAGCCACAGGUAUUCUCCGUCCCGAUAUUGUGUUGUACAAUGAAGAUCAUCCUUUAGGAGAAUCGAUUGGUCAAAUGCAAUUCACCGACUUAAAAAAACGACCCGAUUUAAUGAUUGUCAUGGGUACGUCUCUAAAAAUCCCAGCUCUUAAAAAAUUCAUUAAGCAAGCUGCCCGCGUCAUUCAUUCCAACAAAAAUGGCCGAGUUGUAUUUGUCAAUCGUACACCUUGCACAAAAGAGUGGGAAAAGGUCUUUGAUUAUGAGAUCAUUAGCGAUACUGACGAUUGGGUAGACCUGAUGCAACCUUUCACCAAACGACUGCAGCAAGAGCAAGCUGCCAAACGAAAAGCUUCGGACUCUAAUGAUGACUUGGAAUGCGAAAAGGAAAAUGUCGCCAUCAAGAGUAGCAAAAAGACCAAGUCAUCAUCUAUGGUCGAUUGUAAGAAAGCAAAUUCGCAGACAACACUGGAUGGUCUCACCAUCUCCAAGAAUAUCAAGAGAGUCUUCAAAAAAAAUAUUUCAUCUUGAGAGAUACUUGGACCACUUUUAUGCCGCCCUUUGGCUAUGAUGUACAUAGUUUUAUUCAUUCUUUCCCUUGGAUCAAUUUUAAUGGUGCUUUUUUUCUAUCGGGUUAUUCGUUAGCAUGUUACUUAGCUACUAUACCAAAAAAACCUUUGGUUCUAAAUGUUUGCAUUAAAGAAUGCAGUCUUCAUGCAAGGUUAUGUUUAUUUGUUGCUAAUCAGUUUUGCGCUUAGAAAAGAACUCUAGGCGCCAUGAACGGCUGCUCUCAUCACAUAUUUCUUUCCAUUACAUUGAACUGUCGUUCGUCUCUAG